UCGGGUGUAUCACGUUAUACUGCUCGUGUUGCAACAAAGCUACUCUGAAUGGGGACCUAGAUGCGGUUCCUUUGUGCUUGGAUGAGCUGCAGCCCCUGGAGACGAUGGAGCCUGGCGCCAUGACCGAGGCGGGAGGCAAGACUCCAGGAAUGGAGACCAGAAAGCUAAUUACCGCAACAGACAACCAGUACUCUGGUAUGCUGUUAAAGGCUUUGGAUGAGCAACGUAGCCUUGGAGUUUUUUGUGAUGUUACAGUUAUUGUGGAAGAUCGGAAAUUUCGAGCUCACAGAAAUGUCCUUUCAGCAUCAAGCGCUUAUUUUCACCAGCUCUUCUCAGUUGCAGGACAAGUGGUGGAGUUGAACUUCAUAAGAGCAGAGAUUUUUGCAGAAAUUCUCAACUACAUCUACAGUUCCAGAAUAGUCAGAGUAAGAUCAGACUUGCUUGAUGAAUUAAUCAAAUCCGGGCAGUUGCUUGGAGUUAAAUUUCUUGCUGAACUGGGUGCUCCUCUGCAGCAGGUGAGAAACAUGGCAGGGGGUGUCAUGCCUAACGCUUUGGAACAGCCCAUUUUGGAUGCAAAUAGCCUUGAAGCCCAAAAGCCUCUGGGGCAGUUUGGGAGUCAAAACCUGAUUGCUGGCCAACCUGUUAUAACUGAAUCAUUUUCUUUGUAUGGGGAGGACUGUGAUACCACAAAGAUUACUAUUAGUGAUUCUGAUGAUGAUGAUGUCAUCUUCUGCGCAGAGCUUGUGCCUCCAAAGGAUCGGUCUCAGGAGACCAAAUCUGUCACACAGAACCAGCCUUCUCCCAACCCUACUGGGGGCUCCGACCAAACAAACUGUAACAGCGCUGGUUCUCCUCCUCCGCCAUCUGUAGGGUCAGCUCCAAGACCCGACUUACCUACUGCUCAGCCAAAUCUGAUUGAAAACCACGUGUCUGCGGAACCGCAUAUCCCUUCCGCUCCAAAACCUGUGACUUCUAAUGUCCUUAUGUUAAACCAGUCACAGAUCAGUACUUCACCAGAUGUUGGUUCGUCACAUGAAAUCGAGGUCUCUCCUAUACCUGAGGAGAAUCAGCAGCCGUCUAACAACGAUUCCUUAACUGACAUGGAAACAAAUGCCAUUGACGAGGAGGAAGAGGAUGAUGAGGAUGUGGAAGACGAUGAUGACAUCCUUGGUUCAUCCAGCCCAGGGUCUGCAAGCAGCAGCUCUUUGGUUCAGCAGCCCACUACCCCCAAACCUGCUGCAACGGAGACUACAGGAGUACAGAAGAAGCAAGUAAGUAAUUUUCCACAAGAACCACCUGCCCCUGCCACAGAAUUCAAAAUGAAAAUCUCAGAUGUUCUUUCUGGAAGCAACAAAGAUUCUGCAGCAAGCGUUGCCCCAAAACACAUAGUGGAAGGCCAGAAGACCAUAACUUUAGAUACAGCUGCUGAAAUAGAAGGCUUGUCUACUGGUUGCAAGGUUUAUGCAAAUAUUGGUGAAGAUACCUAUGACAUAGUCAUUCCGGUGAAAGAUGAGGCUGAUGGAGAAGUCAGGCUUGACGAUGUGCCCAGAACAUCAGGGGAUGAUCCUGCAAAUAGAAAGCGUCUAAAAGUGAAACACGACGACCACUAUGAGCUCAUAAUGGAUGGAAAGGUUUAUUAUAUCUGCAUCGUGUGUCGAAGAUCCUACGUUUGUCUAACAAGUUUGCGUAGACAUUUUAAUGUUCAUUCCUGGGAAAAGAAAUAUCCAUGUCGCUAUUGUGAUAAGGUUUUCGCUCUUGCGGAAUACCGCACCAAGCAUGAAAUACAUCACACUGGAGAGCGAAGGUACCAGUGCUUGGCAUGUGGCCAGUGUUUUAUCAACUAUCAGGUCAUGGCUACACAUCUAAGAUCAGUCCAUAGCCAGGACCCUUCUGGAGAGUCCAAGCUGUAUCGUUUGCAUCCUUGUAGGUCCUUGCAGAUCAGAAAUUACGCUUAUAUUUCAGGUGGUGCCAACAAAAUACCAAUGGUAAAUGACAAUAAUCUUGCAUAUCCAGUUGUCCCCAUAAAAGAUGCCUCCCAAGAACCAACACCCACCCCUCCGGCAAAGCCAAUGACCUGGGAUGAUAUCUUUGUUCCGCAAGGAAACGAAUCACUUUUUAAACAAAACCCAUCUGAUGGUAGUACUGAAUUUGAGUUUGUAAUACCAGAAUCUUAUUGAAAUUAUGUCUUGACAGAAACAUUUCAUAGGGAGGAGGGUAAAAUUCAUUUUGAACAGGCUGCUGUUUUAGAACAUCUCAUAGCAAAUCAGUUUAUUGUACCUAGUCAGCAAAAGAUAGUAUUUUAAAGCUAGAAUACGUGUAAGCUUCAGGUAAUGUUGCUGCAAAAAAUGGUCAGAAAAAGAAAACUUACUUGAAGACAGUAAAAGGCAUUUCCAGGGAAGUUAACUGUUAAUAUGCUUAGCUCAUUAUCAUGGAUAAAAAUUUGCAAAGACAUAGUUUGAAAAGUAUCGAUCCUUUACAAAAAUGGGAUCCUUCCCUAAGUACUUGCAUAACAAUGGGGAUGUUUCUUGCCGCUUGAACCACUUAUUAUGUAAUCCUUUCAUAUUAGCACUUUAAUGCUGAAAAUUGUUUCACUGUUAACACUUGAGACUACACAUAGUCUCAAUAUAGAUUUGGAAGUUUAGAAUACUUUUUUCUUUGAAUAGAAACAAAUGCACUCUUUAGUGGUUGGUGCAGUGCUGUGAGGGUCCAGUAACCUUGCCCAUAAAUCACUUACCUUUUUUUUAAAGUGGCAUUUUUGUUCUUCAGUUCCAAAACUACCAUUUUAUCUUCAUGAAAAUGCUCAUGAUGUAAGCUUGCACACUUGGAGAUUGAAAAUUCUCAGUGUAUGGUAAACUCAUCAAGUAAUACUUGGACUUUAUAUAUAUCCCAGUGGCUGGACCAUUGUAUUGUCUCCUAUAGUACUGAAGGGGCCCUGUCAAUCAAAAUGUCAAAUGACACUGAAGAAAAGCAGUUUGCCAUCUUUCCCCCCAAAUGCUGAGGAAUUAUGUUGGCCUGCCUUUUUACUGCAAGUAUGUUAAUGGUUUAAUUAUGUUGCUGUUUUCCUGUUUUGGGAAAAGUCUUUGACAAAUAUAGUUUUAUAGCUGAUGGCUGCAGAAACUGAAUCCCAAAGCUAAGCACUGCAAAUGAUGUUUCAGAUCCUUAUAGAAUUUAUUUUACAGUUUUGGUUAGUUUGAGGUGAGUUAAAGCUUUCACACUUAGGUAGGAGGGUUUUUUUAAAGAAUUAUCGCAUCAGUUGGACUCCUUUGAAAAAUCAAGGUAUAUGCUAACAGGUUCACAUAGGACAUAAGCAUCCUCACCAAUUGAUCUUCCCCUUUUAGGUGCAUUGGUAAUAGCAAAAAAAAAAAAAGGUCAACAUGAGCAAGAAAUGGUAGCACUGAGUGUCAAUUGCUUACCAGUUAAUUAGUCAACAUUUUCCAUUGAGCAGCAACUUGAAUUUUUGUAUAUUUUAUAAUGUGAAAAAGCCCUUAUAGAGGACUGAAAAGGUUGUGGUGGUGAAUAGAAUUAGGUUAGCAAUCCGUGGGUUGCUGUUCAGUUUCUUCUUUCCUUCACGUAGGAUUUCCUCCCUCCUUUUCACAUUUUGAAAAUAAACAUUUUUUCAUGUUCCAAGUAAUCAUUCCUUGACUUUCUUUUUCUUUCUUUCUAAAACUGCUUUUUUCUGGCCAAAAAUGAAAAUUUUGUUGUAAGUCACAAAUGAGUCACAAGUAACAAGUAUGAUGAAAGGAUGUCAGAAAUCAGUGUUUGUAGUAAUGAAAGAAAAGUAAAUUUGUUUGUGUAAGGUGUAAAAAUGCAGCUCCUCUGUUCUCUUGACAGAUUGCACUUGUGUAUGGGUGGCAUUUUUUUAUUUUUUUUAAAAAAUCAUUUUGAAAAUUAUGCUUUAAAAUUGGCAUUUUAUGUUUAAAUCAUUGAUCUGUGAAAUUUUCUAAAUUUGGUUAACAAGUUGAAGUGAUGUCGUGUAUGCUCCCAGAUAAAUGGAGCAUAUGAAAGUUUCUGUUUUGAAGCAUCAACUGACGUUUAUGACUUAAGACCUGUCUUAGGGAGACCAAUAUUACUUGCCCACAACAAAUGAAAGUUCCCUACCACUCAUUAGAAAAGGAGGUUGAUGUAUUAUUUCGUGCAUGUCAAAUCUGAAGCUAGGCAUGCUCUAUUUCUAGAAAAUACUGGUUAUUGAUAAUACAUACUGAGACUUCUUAAAAACCAGUGUCUGUUGAAGGUGUCCUUUCUAUUAAAGGAAAACUGGAAAAAUAGGGUUCAAAGCUGUGUGCUUUUGCUAGAAGAUUCAACCUUGCAUGCAUCUCAGGUGCCGAAGCCUUUCCUAGGAAGCAGGUUUCAGUAUGCAGAGUUAAGGAUUCUUACCAAGUGUUUCUAUAUUUUUAAUAAUCUGUUGCUUCCAGUAUUUAUGGGGUUGAAUUAUGCUGGACCUUUUCCAUACCUUACCUUUUAAGUGACACCAUGUUGGUUUAUACAUUAACUGUCUGUCUUCUGUUUUUGUAGAAUUGUUUUUUUUAAGCUUUUGCUUCUUGUCUCAUUGUUCACCCGUCUGUAAAUAUUAAGACAAAUGGCUCUGGGAAGAAAACGUUUUACAUAAACUGUAAACCUAAAAAUGCAUAUAUACACAACUAAUAAAUACUCACUUGCAGCAUUCAACAGAAAUCCUAUAGCAAAUAUAAGCCCAGGUUGAUAAUCGUUGUUGUAUCUUGACAUGCCAAUUCCAAAUGCGCUCUGCUUAGAAGUACACAUUUGUUAUUUCAUUUGUUUCCAAAUAUGUUCUACUGCACUCUGAGUCAUCUAGACUUUUGACUGUAUCCACAAUUUUGAAUGGUGAUCUACUUAAACAAAAUUCCUGUGCAUAGGGUAAAAAGGUUUAGCACAGCUUUGCUGUAUGCUGGUUUACUGCGUGCAGGUUGGUCUGGAAGGAAGAGGCAUUCAAAACUAUGUUUUGCCUCUCCUGCAAAUGAAGUAGUACAAUUCAGAAUUUCAGCACUUCAGUCUGCCUAAAGAGUUGAACACCUCUUAGCUCCAGGUAAAUAAUGCUCAUGGGGGCAAAAUACAAGUUUUUCUUUAUGAGUUCUGCUAAAAUAAGAAUUUUAUCACAGCAUUCCAGUUCUGGAGGAAAAUCAACAAUGCUUAUUUAUUUCCUAUCAAAGUAUACAUUUAUUUAAAAAGAUGCAAGAGAGGGCAGUGGGUUAUUCCAUAAUGGUUUCUACUGAGCUACGCUGAAGCAUUACUUUUUUAAAGAAACAAAACCAAUACAGUACUGUAAUGUAUAUAACUUGUACAGUCUUUUCCUUUACAUGCCUUCUAGGAAUUGUGUUUUGCUUUUUCAUUAACUGAUACUUGACCUUAGUUCUUAGAACUUUGUAUGGUAAAAAUAAAAGCUUUUAAUUCUA